AUGCAAUCGAUUGUUAUAUUAUCCGUGUUGGUUCUCACUACUGUAGUACUUUCAGCGGCACCACCACGGUCAUCACAAAACAGGCUACCAUCAGUUAAGAAUAUGCAAUUAAGAACAAGUCUACCAGUAGCUAGAUACCGCCGAUCAAGAGCAAGUCAACCACCAGCUUGGCAACACUCAUCAAGACCAAAUCAUUUAGUUAAUGACAAUGCAUCGCGAGCAAAUCGUUGGGUUCAUAAUGAACAAGGCAAGGAUACAAGUCAACAACCUCAUGAGGGACAUCAUCAAAGAACUUCUCCUUCAACAGCACAUUUUACUCAAGAAAAUCAAGUCAAAACUGAUCAAAAACAAGGAAAGCGCCAGAAACGUGCAUUCAUGCUGGAUAAAAAAACCAAAGUUGCCUAUUUUCAUCACGCUAAUUAA